AUGACUCUGCACUUUUGUUGGAGUUUCAAAACCAAACCAGGUAAAAACACAUCAAACGGUGCGACAACAAAGUGUGACGAAGCCAAUCUCUCCUCCAUCACAGGUCGCUGCGUAGACGACUACAUAGACGACUCCCUGCCCCCAGAGUCUCCACAUCUGUACGGACUUCAUCCAAACGCAGAGAUUGGCUUUCUGACGCAGAGCUCCGACAAGCUCUUCAGGACCAUCCUGGAGCUGCAGCCACGGGACGGGGGUGGGGCAGAAGGAGGAGGUGCGACACGAGAGGACAAGGUGCUUGCGGUGCUGGAGGAGGUCCUGGAGAAGCUGCCGGAGGAGUUCCAUAUGUCUGAGCUGCUGAGCAAAGCUGCAGAGAGGAGUCCGUACCAGGUGGUGGCGCUGCAGGAGUGUGAGCGCAUGAACCAGCUCACUCACGAGAUGAAGAGGAGUCUGCAGGAGCUCGCCCUGGGACUCAAGGGAGAGCUGACCAUGAGCAGUGAUAUGGAGGGCCUGCAGUCCUGCCUGUUCCUGGAUGUGGUCCCGGACAGCUGGGCGAGGCGGGCGUACCCCUCCGUGUGCGGCCUCAGCCUGUGGUUCAGCGACCUGCUCCUCCGGGUCAGAGAGCUGGAGGCCUGGGUCGCAGACUUCAGCCUGCCCCCCUCCGUCUGGCUCUCAGGAUUCUUCAACCCGCAGUCCUUCCUCACCGCCAUAUUGCAGGCCUCGGCACGCAAGAACGCGUGGCCUCUUGACAACAUGUGUCUGCAGUGUGACGUCACCAAGAAGAGUCGUGAGGACCUGAGCUCGGCCCCCAGGGACGGGGCCUUCAUACACGGGCUCUUCAUGGAGGGAGCUCGCUGGGACACUCAGACCGGCCUGCUGGCAGAGUCCCGUCUGAAGGAGCUCACCCCCUCCAUGCCUCUCAUGUUUCUGCGAGCGGUGCCACUGGAGAAGCAGGAGCAGCGCAGCCUCUACUCCUGCCCCGUCUACAAGACCCGCCAGAGGGGACCCACCUACGUCUGGACCUUUAGCUUACGCACCAAAGAGAAGCCCUCCAAGUGGACGCUGGCCGGGGUGGCUCUACUGCUGCAGAUAUGA